GCGCGCGCCGGCCGUCUCACACAAGCACUGCGUCAUCGUCCACCGUACCGAGCGCGCGCUUACUUCAUAUUUCUAAUUGUUAAUUCGGUCAUUCCUAAGUUGUACUUUAUAUACAGUCCACUAUUAUAAUUGUUAGCUACGAAGUUACUGGAGUUUGUUCUACCACCACCCGUAGGAUAUACCACCAUUCCAAUCUAUGGUCCUUCGAUCUAUCGAAAGAAGAAGUAACGGCCAGUUCCAGCUACGUGGGAGUGACAAGCGGAUUUUCAAAUUUGAAAAAAAACGGCCGUUGGAAAAAAAACUGGUGAUCAAGAGGUCUUCUCGCCCUUCGUGCGUGCCUGGUUCCAGUUUACGGUCAUCAUCAUCGCCGCCUUUCGGGAAGAAACGAACUUGUUGGAGCGAAUACAGUUCUUCAGUGGUCUUCAUAGCUGGGUCAUCGCAACAUAGCAGCCGAGCAGAGCCCAAGAACAUCGCAAGCAAGAAGACGUUUGGUUUGGAAUCGCAGACAAAGGAUUUCGUGAGAUCUUUCCAUAUUCUUAUUAACAUCAUAUUUCAUGCUAACAUCAUCUACAUUCCUAGUAGUGUUCAGAUAGUGUGUUAGAUCAUAGAAUCAUACAUAAGAACCUAGUUAAUUUAUUGUAGUAGCUUAGUAGUUGCAUGAUUAGUCGCAUAGUUUUGUUUUGUUUUUUCUCGUUUACCUACUUAUAAUCAUUUAGUUAGUUUCAUCAGUACCUACCCCUCAUCAUCAUAAAAUCAUUGUACCUAUAGAGUAGCUUUUCCAUAAAUAUAGAUUAAGUAUAUUAAUUCAUGCUUAUUUCUUAUUUCCAGCAUUUACAAUAUAGCUACGCACUAAAGUGACCGUUAUUUUCGAUUGCCGUGAAUUUAAUUCAGCUUUCAAACGCCUGACGGUUUUUAUUAGCAACCCACAUUCAAACAGCUGUUUGCCUUUUCUAUUGCUUAUAGGCGCAUUUACAUUGAAAUAGUUUGCAUCUUUUUUCCAAUACUUCAGCAUUUCUUUGCUAUUCUGUUUUCUGUACCUUUAUUCUUCCUUAGUGCUUAAGGCUUCUCUCCUAUUUAGCCAUGGCUGAAGAAAUAAAAAUGAAAGAGCUUACCAAAAAACGCGCCUCAAUAAAAUCACAGCUUACUCAGUUCACAACCUUCUUAAAUAUCAUUAAGUCUUGUGACCAACUCAGUGAGGAACAGCUAGUGGAGUUGGAGAUUAGAAUUGACAAAAUGGUUACAAUAUAUGCCACCUAUGAUCAUUUACAGGGUCAAUUGGAGUACUUGUCGGCAAAGCCAGACGAGCAAUUCACUGAACGGGAGCUAUUUGAGGCCAACUACUACAAGCAACUGGCAUCUGCUCGUGCCCUUCUGACACAGCACCGCACUCAACUCGCGAAUAAGCGUUGGUAAGAGUCACGGACCAUUUCGGGACGCCGCACAGUGCCAGAGUCUUACUUGACAAUGGGAGCACGGCAAACUUCAUUACCAAGGAUCUUUGUGGUAUGCUACAUUUACCUAUUCGUAGUGUAAGCUCACAUGUGGCAGGAAUAAACAGUCAAGUCUCGACCAUCACACAGACUUGUACUUUGCAUCUACAAUCUUGCGAUGAAUCUUAUAACGUCGACGUUGAUUGUUUUGUCUUGCCCAACAUAACGACUCACAUACCUCAAACAUAUAUAGACUUAACUGACUUACAGCUACCGGCUGGCAUAAGCCUAGCUGACCCAACCUUUAACAUACCGUCCUCCAUCGACAUAUUGGUGGGGGCGGACAUAUUUUGGAACGUGAUUGGUCGUAAUCGCAUACAGUUAGGCAGACAUAUGCCGACACUCUUCGAGACCAAGCUCGGGUGGCUCAUAUCUGGUGCCAUUCCGCAAGCAAACACCAAUCACUCCGUGUGUAUGGUUACACACGACAUACAUACGUCACAUAUAGAUAACCCUACAGAUUUAACAAGAUUCUGGGAACUCGACUCUAUUUCACCGAAGUUUAACUUCACGUCAGAGGAGCGAGCAUGUGAACAGAAUUUCAACAAAACUACAAAGCGUAAUGCUGAUGGUCGUUUCGUAGUCACUAUUCCGUUAAAGGAAUCACCUGAAGCGUUAGGUAGCUCUUAUGAAAUGGCUAAACGUCGGUUCCUUUCGUUAGAGCGUAGACUCGACAGAGACCCAAUACUUAAAGGUCGCUACAUAGAGUUCAUGCAAGAGUAUGAAGCAUUGGGUCAUAUGAGCGAAAUGUCUCAGCCUUCUUCAUGCCCUUCUUACUUUCUCCCGCAUCAUGGCGUAGUCCGAGAGUCCAGUACAACGACCAAGCUACGAGUUGUCUUUGACGCAUCAGCCGUCACAACUUCUGGUAAGUCGUUUAACGACAUUCAAGCCAUAGGGCCUCGGGUUCAGGAUGACUUAUUAUCCAUCUUAUUAAGGUUUCGUCAGCAUCAGUACGUUGUUUCAUCAGACAUCGAAAAGUUCUUUCGACAAAUCGAGGUUGACAGGUCACAACGGUCACUACAGCAAAUAUUAUGGCGUUCUGAUCCAUCAUUGCCUCUUAAAACAUAUUCCUUAAACACCGUCACUUACGGUACAGCAUCUGCUCCAUAUAUUAGUACACGAUGUCUGUCUCAAUUGGCAAAGGAGGCAACGUGCACACGUACACAACACUCAAUACAACACGACUUUUACGUGGAUGAUUACUUGUCAGGGGGCGACUCUAUAGAGAGCACUAUAGCUCUAUGUAGAGACGUCACCAGUACACUUAAAUCGGCACAACUUAAUCUACGGAAGUGGCAAGCUAACAACGCACAAAUCUUACAGGCAAUAACUACAAGCACACAUAGUCACACAUCCACACCAUCCACGUCCACACAAACACAUUCAGACACACAUAAUACAGUAAGCUUAAGUAUUGAUGAACCAAGUAAAACUCUAGGUGUAAAUUGGAAUUAUCAGACCGAUUCACUUACAUUCUCCAUUCACAUACCUGAGCACACUAAUAUUACAAUCACAAAACGACACAUUCUAUCCACAAUCGCGCAAAUAUUCGAUCCUUUAGGAAUCAUUACACCAUGCAUCAUAGAAGCAAAGAUAGUGCUGCAGAGGUUGUGGAUGGAUAAGUGUUCAUGGGAUGAUGAAGUUAACAUAGAUAUUAAAAAACAAUGGUUAAAAUUCAUACAAACAUUACCACAACUUAAUCACCUAAGUAUACCACGUUGGGUAAUAUGCAGUAAUUCAACAUCAAUUGAAAUACAUAUCUUUACAGAUGCAUCAGAAAAGGCAUACGGAGCUUGCAUAUACAUUCGUUCUGUGGCUUGUGAUGGCCGCAUUCAUACACAUCUUCUCACAUCUAAGAGUAAGGUCGCACCAAUAAAGUCGACCACAAUACCAAGGUUAGAACUUUGUGGUGCCUUGCUGGGCACUCGUUUGUGCACAAAGGUACUAGAAUCAUUAACACUUAAACCUGAUCAGUGUAUAUUCUGGUGUGAUUCUAUGAUUGUCUUGGGUUGGCUGUCUGCGUCACCUGCCACACUUAAACCGUUUGUCAGGCAUCGAGUUUCGGAGAUGCGGGAAGGUUUUGGUGACUAUACUUGGCGCUAUGUGCCCACCAAAGACAACCCGGCUGAUCUCGUCUCUCGUGGACUGAGUGCGGAACUUAUAAGUCAAUCUUCUAUGUGGUGGUCAGGUCCUACCUUCUUGCAAACAGAGUCAGCUCUUUGGCCUUCCAUGCCUAACACAGAUGUAAACAUAGUACUACCUGAACUUGUAAAAUCACACAAUAAUAUCAAUUCAUUACAUAUCAGUAAUCUUAAUUCUAAUAACCUAUUUCUAAUCUUAAUUAAUAAUUCAUCUAACUAUUCACAAUUAAAACGACAAUUAGCAUACAUAUUUAGAUUUAUAAACCGUUGUAGAAGGGUACAUAAUCAUAGCCCGACUCUUACUAAUUCGGAGUUAGAUUUCAGUGCUAACUUUAUAAUCAAAACAGUUCAAAAAGAGAUGUUUCCUGAAGAGUAUGAGAUGCUUUCAUCUGGUAAAGAUUUACCUACUAAAAAUCGCCUUAAGAAAUUGACACCUUUUAUCGAGGCCGGUAUUAUUAGAGUUGGAGGAAGGCUAGACAACUCUUGUUAUGAUUACAAUGUCAGACACCCUAUCAUUAUUUGCAGCAAACAUCACUUUACUAAACUUAUUUUUAACACUUUUCACUUACGCCUAUUUCACGCUGGUCCCCAGUUACUCUUAGCCGCUGUGAGACAUGAAUAUUGGCCUUUAGGUGGGAGGAACCUUGCCAAAUCUACAGUGCAUAAGUGUGUAAAAUGUCAAAGAUUUAGUGGCAAAACAGUUCAGCCUAUCAUGGGUAACUUGCCUAAGGAACGAGUUCAACUAGAGUUUCCCUUUCUAGAAACUGGCACAGACUAUGCUGGGCCCAUCCUUCUAGCCGACCGCAAAGGUAGAGGGUGCAGGUUAAUUAAAUCUUAUAUAUGUGUUUUUGUUUGCCUAGCCACACGGGCGGUUCAUCUGGAGCUUGUCUCCGACUUAACCAAACAUGCAUUUAUUGCAGCACUGAACAGGUUUAUUGCUCGUCGCGGUAAACCAAAAACCAUCUUUUCUGACAAUGGUACAACUUUUAUUGGCACCUGUAAUGAAUUAGCCGACAUACUUAAGCAGGACUUUUCUUCAGUCAUGGCGAAUACAGGUAUCAACUUUUCAUUUAUUCCAGCGUACACCCCUCACUUCGGUGGGCUAUGGGAGUCCGCCGUUAAAUCAGUUAAGCAUCAUUUAAGGCGUAUCUUAGGCUUAGCACAUCUCACUUACGAAGAGAUGUCAACUUGUUUGAUUCAGGUCGAAGCAAUACUGAACUCUCGUCCCCUUACUCCUCUCUCCACUGAUCCUUCUGACCUAUACCCUUUAACUCCUGCUCAUUUCCUUAUUGGGAGGUCUCUCACAUCCUUGCCGCAUCCUGAUCUCGUCCAUCAGAACAUCUCCAGCCUUAAACGCUUUCAGCGCAUAGAACACUUGAAGCAACAGUUUUGGAAUAGAUUCUCUAAUGAGUAUAUUUUUUACCUCCAACAGAGAACGAAAUGGACUGACUCCGACGGGGUUCUUGAGGAAGGAGCCAUGGUGGUACUCAAGGAGCAACAGACUCCACCAUUGAUGUGGCCACUCGGUCGUAUCGUACGGCUGAUACCUGGGAGAGACGGCAUAAGCCGAGUAGCGGACGUGAAGACGAAGAGAGGCAUAGUCAGACGCGCUUAUAACACCAUAUGUCCUCUUCCAGUUUAAUCCUUGAAGAUCUUCUAUCUUCAACGCCGGGAGCAUGUUGGAACAUCACUACGCCCGGGCGACCGCGGGCGGGAGCUGCGGGCGCGCGGGGGGCGCUCGAUCAGCUGGCGCGCGCGCCGGCCGUCUCACACAAGCACUGCGUCAUCGUCCACCGUACCGAGCGCGCGCUUACUUCAUAUUUCUAAUUGUUAAUUCGGUCAUUCCUAAGUUGUACUUUAUAUACAGUCCACUAUUAUAAUUGUUAGCUACGAA